AUGGAGCCCGAGAUUGGUCUUGACUAUAGGACUCCACGACUCCAAAACAAAUGGACACGGGAACAGAGACUGUUCCUCUGCUGUCUCUAUGAGUUCUUUCAGAGAGACACGAGCACCUUCAGAGACAUAUUCAAUCGAGUGUUUGAAUCGGAGGUGACAGAAUGCGGGUUUACUGAGGGCAUCCCAUCAAGUACUCUACGCACGCAGUGGGGUGAAAUGGUGAGAUAUUCGUACCCGGAGUGGAAAGAAGUUCAGCAGCAUACAUCCGAGGGACAUUGGCGCUGGAUCCCAACAUUAAGACGGAUCAGAAGGACUGCAAGGUCACUAGGCUUAAAUAUAGUCCCGAAUUAUGUCGACGACAACGAGGAAACUUGCAGUCAUCAGCAGAGCCUGACACCACCAGUCAACACGCCAGGGAUAACUUCUCAGCACACGUCUAUGAUACAGCAUCCUGAGAGAAGAGAUGUUGGUAUUACUGAAGUGCAGGAACAAGCCCCAGUACCAGAAAUCGUUGAUAUAACUCAGAUCGAUACGAGCUUAUGCAGUGGCGGCGACAAAGUAUGCUUUUGGUGUGUACAAGAGCGAAUUUUUAAUCAGGAAGCCCAGGAAGAACCGAAUCCUGUGGUAUCUCGUUCACGUUGGACUGAUGAAGUGCCCCCUGUCAUAUACAGAUGGUCUAAUGUCGACAGUCAAGGCGUCAAUUCCAAAAUGCUAUUCCUGGCCGGGCUUUUCGCAGAUGGACGCCAAUUCUUCACACCUGGAGAUAUAUCCAAAGAAGAGUUUAUCAACUACUUCUCUAGACAUGUUCACAUCGACAAAACGCCAUCACCGUUCAUAUCUACGUUUCGCUCAAUGUUAUCGCCUGUUCACAGAGCACUCUGGAACAAAGAAGGCGCUAUUAUAUCCAUCAUUGACACACAUAAGCUCGAUACCGAUGUAUAUCCCGCGAUUAAGCUUUUCAGGGAACAGAAUCUGCGUAUCCGAGGCUACGAUGGUAGGGGCGAGUUCUUGGUAUGGGGAAAGAUACCACCCGCUGCUAUAAUAUGUGCUGUAAAAAUAAGCACGAUACAACAGCUCGCAGAUGAACAUGUUGAGAUUGGGCAAUUCCUACAGCUUGAUAAACUUGCUUCUCAUAAAUACAACAGAAAGCAGUUGCAUGGCGAGCUAGCUAGAGAUGCCGGCAAACUUGACCGCACUUCGGGAUAUGCAAUAGGAAAAUUUCUUAAUUCUAUUAAUCUCUCAUUCGAGUUCAGCAGGGAGGUGAGUGAGGGCUUAUUCCACUCCUGGAGACUGAAGAGGCAAGGAACUUGGGAGUCCUUUCAUGAGGGAGUAUGUGCUGGCUACGAUCGCUCUAUACCAUCUACCAGUGUCAGCGAAGUCGGACGUCCAGAAUCCAUUGUUCAUGAUAUAUCGGAUGACGACUCAGUCACCGAGUGUGGGUCUGUUGCAGAAGACGAGAAUAUGAGUGGUAGCGAAUCUGAGGAUAUCGGUGCCAGCUCACCCUGCAUGGGCCGCGAGUUAGCCUCAGACCGAAAACCCCCUUUGACUCCUGACUGGUUCUUCAUGAGAAAUACAGACGAUGAACUGAUAACAGACGAAGAUGAUGAAGAAGUAGCCAGUGGACGGCAGAUCAACCUAUUUUCUGAACAAGAUCCUGACCGAUCAGCUGAGCUGAUUACCGAUUGGCCUGAAGAAGACACUCAAGUACUGUCAUCCUUGAAUUUGAACAUAUCUCAGACCCGCAUCCCAACCAUCGAGAUCUUCGACCCGAACACCGGCAGAUGGGUCCAAGAACAAGCGAGACUCGCUCAGAAAAUGGAAGAGGACGACUGUCAAUCUUAUAUGCAGCCACCAUCCAGCAAUGAUACUCAGGAAAUGAGGGGUAUAUCCGUGGAAGGCGAAAGCGAGAUUAUGCAUGAUAUCGAGACUAGAUAUUCAAUUCUGAGCAUGUCCCGUGAGUUGUCAGAGGAUGUUCUGCCCCACAUCCGGUUUGCGAGAGAUCGAGAACGUCGAAGACGCUGGCUUCUUCAGUAG